CUUUGAUGAAUCAAAUUAAUCAAAAUAUUGGAAGCAAUAAUACUGGAAAUAGCAAUAAUAUUGGAAAUAACAAUAGUUCUGGAAAUAACAAUCAAAAUGAAAGGGAAACAUUUGUUCAUAUUCCUGAACAGGAUGAAGGAGGAUCUCAAAAUAUCCCUGUUGAAAGGAAAAAGUCAAAAAGGACCACAACAAGGAAAAGGAAUGUUGAUGAUGAAUUACCUGCAAUUGCAUCUUUGGUAACUCCAUACUCAAUUGUAUCUGAUCUUCAAAAUAAACCUGCCAAUAUAACUUUUGGACAACUGUUAAAAGAGAUACCUACUAUGAGGCAGGAACUUUCAAAAAGUUUAACCAAAAAGAGAACUGUCAGGAGAAAAUCUAAAAUGAAUGUCAAUAUUGGAGCUUUUCAAGGAUCAACAGCUUUAUAUUGCACUGCUACAGUGUAUGGUACAAAAAUUCCAUUGAUUAUUGAUAGUGGCUCAUCUGGAAGUGUUGUCACUAUGCAACUAUUGAAAAAGUUAAGAGUAACACCUGAAAGGUCUUCAACAAUUAAAAUGAUCAAUGUUCAUGGUGAAAGUAAAAGGGCACUAGGUGAAAUUUCAAACUUUCCUUUCAAUGUAGGAGGUGUUGAAGUUCCUGUGGAUGUAGUUGUAACUGAUGCAAACUCUUACCAGGCCUUGGAAUUAUUGAAUCAACUGUUUGCUUAUAAUGAAUGGGAUGACAGUAGCCAAUUGCUCAACUCUAUGGAAAAUGAUAGCAUGUCUUCUUUAAAUGAAGCAACAAUUCAUAUUGAGGAUCAAUUGUCUAAUUCAAUGGAAAAUCAAAUAAUACCUUCACUGGAUGAAACAGUAAUUCAUAUUGAGGAUCAAUUAACAAGCUCCAUGGAUAGUCAAACAACUUCUUCAAAGGAAUUAUUAAUUGAUGAGGAUCAAAUUGAAUAUUCUUCUGAUCUCUUGGAAAAUCAAUUGGACCAAACAAUUGAUGAGGACAAGGAACCACCUGAAUGUUUCUACAACUCAGUGGAAAACUAUUUAUCAAUGUAUUUUGAUGAAAUAGAAAAUUAUGAAGUCCAUGAUGUUCAACUUGAAAAUAUUUCAACAAUUAUAUCAGGAUCUUACAAUUCUUCACUUAAAGGAGAGGAAUAUUCAAGGACUAAUCAUAAAGGAAUAACAAAUGAAGGAUCUAUUGUGUUGUCAACAAAUCCAAACACUUUUCCUUUGAGGUUGGAUCAACAAGAGGAAAACUAUAAUGAUAAUUAUCAAGGAAGCUAUACUAUAGGACAUCAAAUUCCUAUCUAUCAAUAUUUUUACAAUGAGUUGAUAAAUGAUAAGCUGGAUGAAUUUUGGAUCAAAGCUUGUCUAAAUAGGAUUUUUAAUACUGGAAUUCAAACUUUUGAAGGAUGGAUUUUUAAAGGAAACAUUUAUGAUAAUGAAAUUAUUCUUUUAG